GGGCGAGGCUUGAAGGCCGGAGGGGCGUGUCCAGCGGCGGAAGGGGCGGGGCCAGCGCCAUGCCGAAGCGCGGGAAGAAGAAGGAGGAGAACGGGAGCGGGGACGAGGCCGGCCCCGCCCCCGCCAAGGCUCCCAAGGCGUCGCCGGCCCCGCCCUACGAGGACCCGCCCACCCGCGAGGCCACGCCCGAUGGGCGGCGCUGGACGCUCAAGGUGACGUCAUGGAACGUGGACGGGCUGAGGGCGUGGCUGCGCAAGGGCGGGGCCCAGUGGGUGCAGGAGGAGGCCCCGGACGUGCUGUGCCUGCAGGAGACCAAGUGUGCCGUGUCGGCCGUGCCCCCCGAGGUGCGGGCGCUGCCGGGGCUGCCGCACCAGUUCUGGUCCAGCGCCAAGGACCGGCCGGGCUACAGCGGCGUGGGGCUGCUGGCCAAGACCGAGCCUCUGGACGUCACCUACGGCAUCGGUGAGAGCCCCGAACCGCCCAAAAAUCGCCCCAAAAACGGCCACGAAAUUAGCUAA